GGUGUGGCAAGGUGGGAGGGCAAGGAGCACACAGGAGUGACCGCGACGGCAGGCGGCAGCCGCAGGAGCAGCGACAGGGAAGACGGGAGCAAAAACAGACAGGCCUGGCUGGCAGGAGCGGCGGCAAGGCAGGAGCGGGAGCAAGCAGCUGGCAGGAGCAAUAGUCGCAGGACUCAGGAGGUAGCGGCAAGGCUGAAGGGAGCAAGUAGCAGCGGCCGGCAGCCAGGAUUAGACAGCGGAAGCAGAAGAUAGCAACGAGCAAGCAGGCGCGCGAUAGCAGAGGCGGGCAUCAGGGGCGGCAGCAAGGCAGGUAGUAAGAGCAACAACAGGAGUGGACGGCAGAGCAACAGCGGCAGCGAGCAGCAGCAAGGCGAGAGGGAGGAGCAGGCAGGGGCGGCCCUGCGCAGGAGUGGCAGAGGCGGCAGGGAUGGCGGCAACGCGCCGCUCCCGGGGAGCGUGUGCCAUUGCGGGGGGCGUACUCAUGUGCCUCCAUUGAAGAGGGGCUUCGCUACACUUUUGCCCUCGCUACAUCGCUGCACACGUGAUUGAUUCCAUUUUCUUCCAAGACAGGAUCACACAGGAACGAUCGUAUCGCCAAUGUUGUAAGUCGAGUGGCUAAGCGCAGCGCAUCCACAUCCGGCGGAUUUAAACUAAAGGACAGGAAACUCCGCCGCUUUCUUCUACUGGAGAAUAGCUUGUGUUUGGACUACGGAUUGUCAGGCACAGGUCCUUGAAAAUGUUUCACCUUCUACAACGUUGUUGUUUCCAAGUUUCUACUAAGAUGGUAUAUCUUCAGAGACUAUCACAACCUGGAAGGAGCAAAGCUGCCUGCUCGCCUGUAUUUUUAGAGUGUGUUCUGGCUGUUGUGCCAAAACCAAAGUUCAGGCAGGCACCUGAACUUGCUAGUGUAACCAAAGGACGGGGCUUCCAUUCCUCCUGCUGCAACUGGAAGAAAAGAAAGGCAUCAGAACCUGAAACCCGAGAGCUGCCUUUGUUGCGAUAUGACAUGGAAAAGCUCAAGGACUCUCCAAAGCCUGCUCUCUACUUGGGCAUUGCAGGAUUAAUUCCAUUUGUUUCAGUGCCAUUGCUAAUGGCUAUCCUGAAAGCCUCCUACCCAGAGUUGGUGUUUGCUCAGAUUGCAUAUGGUGCUUCCAUAUUAUCUUUCCUGGGAGGGAUUAGGUGGGGUUAUGCUCUUCCAGAAGGCAGUCCUGCCAAGCCUGAUUGGAUUAAUCUGGCUAACAGUGUUGUUCCUUCAAUAUUAGCAUGGUUUGCCUUGCUUUUCAAAGAUGAUCUCACUCAAGCUGGAAUCAUGGUUAUAAUAGGGUUAGGAAUAGCACUGCAUUAUGACUUGGCCCUCCUCCCCACCUAUCCCAGUUGGUUUAAAGCCUUGAGGGCAAUAUUAACUAUAGUGGCUGUAGGUUCUCUGAUCACCUCAAUGUGCAUUAUGAACAUUUAUCCUGAGAAGCAUCUAACUCGUGGUGCAAUUGAAAUGGAAGAGUCAAAAUAAAUUAGCACAAGCAUGUGAUGUGCACAGAGGAAUGUCUGCAUCUCCCCAAUGAGAUGGUUAAGUUCCAACUACAGCAACUCACUGUAUGAUAACGUGUAAGAAAGUCUAUGCUGCUUUAGCCAGAAACGACUUCCUGAGGUGUCCUCUUCUCUCACUUAUGUGCACAGCUGCUCUUGACAGUGAAUACUGAAAGAAUACCAGAAGAAGUCUAAAUUGAUAAAUACUGUAUUUGCACCAUUGAACUCUUUUGUAGAAUUAAUGUGCAAAGGAUGCUGAACUGAAAACUGUGGUACCAAUUGCACUGCCCUUUUUGUAGGCUAUCCCAGUCAUCACCAGGUCAUUGCUUUUUAAGCUACAAGUUGCAUGUCCUUGUUUCUCCGCAGGCUAAUUAGCAGUGUUUAAAGUAUAUACUUUCCUCUUUCUGAAAAGUUUUUGUGUUUUUGUUUUAAACCAGCUAGUGGGUUACUACCCACUACAGUAAUUAGGUUGCCAGAGCAUGUUACUCCAUUUACACUAUAAUCCUAUGGUGUUUAAUGUGGCAGCAAGUCUUGCUAAUUUCAGUUGAACUGACUUUCCACUAAAGCUGGAACCACCACCAUACUUAGUAGGAAGACAGACCUAAUAACAGGAAUGAGACUUGUUUUCAUUUAAAGACUGAACUGUUCUCUUCCCUGGACUCUCAGCUGCUAGGAUCCCAAGACAGUUAAAUAUUAGCCUUAUUCAGAUAUGUUUAACCAAUGUAUAGUUUGUGUUGAAUGUAUACAUGUACAGAUCUAUAUUAUUUUUAUACACACACAGUCUGUUCAACACCUGUACUGUAAUACACUUCCUAUUUGUAGCUUGCAUUUGAGGCAGCCUUUACCCAGGUUCACUUAUAAAAUGAAUGCAAGUACAGUCUUUCACACAUGCACACAGAGACCUCUACAGAUCUACAGUGUAAUGUCUGAAUAUAGCUAUUGUGCAGGUCUUACACCCAACUUCCAAACAUCCAGUUAAUACUUUUGGGCUAAAGAGCACAUGUACCACUAUAUUUUAUUUAACAUAUUUCUAUACCGCCUGAUAUGUACUUCUUUAGGCUAUCCAUUGUGCUGCAUUGUUGAUAGAUGUCCUUUGAAGUGGAUGAAUAUAUACAUUUCAAAAAGA